AUGGCGCGGAAAGAAGCGGCGCAGCGCAGUCGGCGGCGCGGGCGGGCUCAGCCGAUCGUGGACCCAGAACAGACGGAGCAGGAUCUCUCUGUUCAGCUCAAGGCGAUGGGGCUGUAUGCCGCGGACACUACCGGCGACGGCAAUUGUUUGUUUCGUGCGCUCAGCGACCAGCUGUACGGCACGCCGUCGCACCAUGCUCAGCUGCGUGAGGAGGUAUGUGUCGCAAAAAAGCUCACAAAGACAUGUACGCAGCUCGAAAGGUACCCCGAUAAGUAUGCAGGCUUUGUCGAGACAGGGCCGUUUGACGCGUAUGUCGCGACCAUGCGCGAGCUCGGCACCUAUGGUGGCCAUCUCGAGCUUUCUGCAUUCGCGCAUUUAAAAGAGAAAAAUAUACGGAUCGUGCAGCCCGGCCUCGUGUAUGUCGUCGCGUGUGGCGACGAAACCGCCGCGGCCCAACGCGCGCGCAGGAAGCGUGAAUGGGCGAGAAAGGUUGCGCUUGAAGAGCACGCAGAAGAGCAUUCCGCGGCACACGCCCAAGUCGGACCGCGCACGCGCCGGCGCAAGCGUCUGGCUCUGUCCAACGGCUCGUAUGUGGAGCCGCUCGAAAGUGUAGGUCCGCUGCACAUUGCGUACCAUAAUUGGGAACACUACAGCUCGCUACGGAGUAUACAUGGUCCCCAUACGGGUCUCCCGUGCAUCCCUGAUCCAAGCACAUCCGCGUUCGAAGUGAACAACAAGGACGAGCAGCUGGUCAUGCUGAGCGCCCCGGGCCACCCACGCUCGACAGUGCGCCGGCUCCUGCAGGAGCUUGGCGACUGGGAGCUUGUGGUGGAAGAGCUUAUCCAGUGCGACGCGCGCGAGCAUUCUGGCAGCACUUCGCCCGCACACAGCGCGUCGCCCGCCUCGAGCGACGGCACAGGCACACAACUCGCUCACAGCGCACAGCUGCUGGAACUGUGCCCGGAGUGCCCCCACCAAAAAAGGAACAAGACGGCUUUGCAGCCCGUCCGUGUGACGCGCGCCCAGCGCCGCAAAAAUGCACGCUCGCCCACCCCCGAAAAAGCGCCGCCAGUGCGCGAGUUGGCGAUAUAG